CAUGUCCUGGGAUUAAAGGUGUGUGCCAACACUGCCCAGUGAGAUUUUCCUAAGAUGUCUGAGACAGAAUAGUUUGAGCCAUGACAACCUGAUACCUGUACUGUACAACAUUUGAGAAUUGCUUAUGACCAAUCAGAGUUCAGUAUUUUAUUUUUAGAAAAUAUGAAAAUAAUUUGAGAAACAAGCCUUGUUACCAAGGCAGCAGAGGGAAGGGUAAUUACUAUUAAGCCUGCAAGUACAUAACUGAUGAUUAGACAUAAAGUAAAUCCUGGAAGUUCUUCUCAGCAUUUGCAGCAAAAAAUUCUGUAGUCUCUGGCAUUCUUUUGUAUAAAUGUGUUUUCCUAUUUCUAGACCCUACAGGUACACUUACUUAGUGUAGAUUCAGAAGAAAACAUUAAUUGAUCCAAAGAAGAUUCUUUUCAUUAUGGCUUGUAUUUGGAAAUGGUUGUUGCGAAUCUUCUCAAGUGAGUGCUCAUCCAUGUGACCUCAGGUGGUCACUGCUAAGAAGCGGUGUUUCAAGUGAAGAGCCUCAGUUGUUCCACCGGCCCUUUAUGAAGUAUUACACUGAAGGCUAAUGCGCAGUGAUUGAGGUCAGCAGCUCUGUGUACAGUCGCCGUCCCCUCCCAGCACACCGACUGUUUGGGAAGCAUGUAGGUUACUUAGAUACAGAAAACAACAGGAGGAGAACCAUACAACCAGACCCAUAGCCAGCUGCUGGCUCUGUGAUGGGCCCAGCGAUGUGUAGGACACUGCAGAGGACAUAGCACUACAAUACAUGUUUCUGGGCUGAGCUGCCGUUUGUCCCAGGGAAGACUGUAGAUCUUAGAGUUGAAGUCACAAAAGACUAGUAAAGUGUUACUGUUAUGAAGGGUUAAUGGACAGGGACGAGUCUCUGCUAAAAGUAGGCAUUGACUAGGAAACCCUAUUUCUCUGACAGAUGCAGCAGAGAGUUAAGUAGACCCAAGGGAGGGCUGAUUUCACUGAUGUCUUUUAGGAAACAUGGCAAAAAGUGCCAGCCUUCAUGAAAAGUCACUUUUCCCCCACUCCUCACUGUGGUGAUUCCUCAGAGAAAUAGUGAUCAACUUACACUUUAAAGGAGAAAAAGCCAUUUGCACAGAGGACUCAAGGGGCUUCAGCUCUGAAAGCCAUGGGCUAAGCUCCUGUUAACCAACUCAGCCAGUUAAUGAGGCUGCAAUUGGCAUGCAUGUCCUCUUCUCAAGCAUUAGAUAACGCUUUAACUACGAAGAGCUGCAGCGCAAUCCCUAGAGUAAUAUUAACUUGGGCUCUAAACGCAGGUCAUUAGUAUUUCAAGAUGCCGUUCCUCUGAUCUGCCAAGUGCAGAGCUGUUAGCUGCCACAUUAGCAUGUGGCUCUCAGUUACCACUGACACGAGAUUUACUUGAAAGAAAUCAUUCUGGCCAGUUGUCUUUCUCUCUUUAUUAGACACUUCGUGCCAGAGCCAGCAAUUCAGCGUCUGAGCCCUAAGCGGAUGUCCCUUCACCUUCAUGAGAAGUACCCAUCUUUAAGCCAACUCACAGAGCACCUGAUAGUCCUGGGUUAGCAUGCUUGCCUGGUGAACAGGAGGUGAACAGAUGAGGCCAGAGGACUCGAGAAGGCUCGUGCAAGGCCAGGUGGCUUCUGUAUAGAAGAGUUCUCUGCCCCCAGAGGUCAGAAGAGGAGGAGUGAUGCUGAAAUGUGGGAGGAGGGAGACCGUACCUCCUCUGCACUCCGUCCUUCAGGCAUCGCUGUGCUUUACUUACAUCUCUAUGAUGUGUUUGGGGACCCUGCCUACUUGCAGAUGGCGCACGGCUAUGUAAAGCAAAGCCUAAACUGUUUGAGCAAGCGUUCCAUCACCUUCCUGUGUGGCGAUGCAGGCCCCCUGGCUGUGGCUGCUGUGCUGUAUCACAAGAUGAACAGUGAGAAGCAGGCAGAGGAUUGUAUCACACGGCUCAUGCACCUAAAUAAGAUUGAUCCCCAUGCACCAAACGAAAUGCUCUAUGGCCGCAUAGGCUACAUCUUCGCUCUGCUUUUUGUCAAUAAGAACUUUGGAGAGGAGAAGAUCCCUCAGAGCCAUAUUCAGCAGAUUUGUGAAACAAUCUUAAGUUCUGGAGAAAACCUAGCUAGAAAGAGAAACUUCACAGCAAAGUCUCCACUGAUGUAUGAGUGGUACCAGGAAUAUUACGUGGGAGCUGCUCAUGGCCUGGCAGGAAUCUAUUACUACCUAAUGCAGCCCAGCCUUCAUGUGAGCCAAGCCAAGUUACAUAGUUUGGUGAAGCCCAGUGUAGACUUUGUCUGUCAGCUGAAGUUCCCUUCUGGCAAUUACCCUCCAUGUUUGGAUGAUACCAGAGACCUGCUUGUCCACUGGUGCCACGGUGCUCCUGGGGUCAUCUAUAUGCUCAUCCAGGCCUACAAGGUGUUCAAAGAGGAGCAGUACCUCUGUGAUGCCUACCGGUGUGCUGAUGUGGUCUGGCAGUACGGACUGCUAAAGAAGGGCUAUGGGCUGUGCCAUGGCGCUGCAGGGAAUGCAUAUGCCUUCCUGGCUCUCUUCAACCUCACACAAGAUGUGAAGUUCCUGUACAGGGCCUGUAAGUUUGCUGAGUGGUGCUUAGAUUAUGGAGAACACGGAUGCAGGACACCGGAUACCCCCUUCUCCCUCUUUGAAGGGAUGGCUGGAACAAUCUAUUUCUUGGCUGACCUACUAGUCCCCACCAAGGCCAAGUUCCCUGCAUUUGAACUCUGAACGGAAA